CUUUCACUGUCCCUCUGUCUCGCUCGGUUGAAGAUAGUGAGGAAUCAUGACUUCACCUGGGAUACCUGGAUUAUUAGAUCAACAAGACAUUUUAGAGAGCUUUUAUUAAAGCCUACAAUAUUGGCCUGCAAGUGGAUAACUAUGCCACAGAUACAAGUCAGGAUCAACCAGGGCUAGCACACAUGGCCUUGUAAACUGUGGCUGUGAACCGUCCUAUCAAGGAAAUUCCUCAGUCCUCCAGGGUCACCUCCGUGGGUUCUCUAUCUGGAGCACAGGCCGAUGACCACGAUGUCACACUGAAAUUGAAAAAGAGAUUCAGGACUGUCGUGUAGCAUGACCUGAAGCGGAUCUCUCUCAUCAUCUAAAGCUGCAUCCAAGCAAAAGAUAAAGCAGGAAGCUCUGGGGAGACGCGAUGGCUACUGAAGAAAAUCAGACCCAUGUCGGGGCUGUUGUCCUGCCUCAGCGUGCUUCACCUCCAUCCACUGGGAGCAAACCCAACAGAGAAGCCAGACACGCAAAUGACAACCAGGAAGUAUGGCGAUACUCUGACCCGCUGUGGCAUUCAAAACAGCGGAGCAGCCCUUCCCUCCUCUUCUAUAGGAAGUUGUCGUGUGACAGUGGACAAGGGACAAUCUUGGAUGAGGAAUACGAGUGUUUGGAAUACAGAUCAAAAAUCGCCAGUGCAGCAGAGAAACUUUAUCCACAGCUGUCGGCUGGCAGGAGAAUUGAAGAAAUAACUAACACAGUAACUGAGAUACCUGGGAAAAGUUCAGAGGGGUCUCUGUGCCAGCUGGACACCCCUGAAGAGGGUGUAGAAGCAGGCAGAAACAGAACUGGCAGCACCCGCUGCUCCUGCACCCUGUCGAGCCUUUACACAAGUCCAAACAACUAUUGUUGCCACAGCCCCAGAUCCAGUCCGAGUCCCAGCUCCAGCCCUGUUCACAGUCCUGGCCCCUGCCCCAGUUCCUCUCAGUCCAAACAACGACACAUCCGUCGCAGCAGCCUGCCUGUGUCUAUGCUGGCUUUCCACAAGACAUCGCCAUACCUCUCAUCUCAGUGCAGUCCAUCCAGUGAGCCGAGCUCUUUGGUGUCCUCUCCCAGUGGUUCCCCUCCUCCCAGCCGCCGCCAGCAUCACCAGAAUGGACACAUUCGCCGGCACCAUCUCAAAGAUGGCUACUCGAGUUUAGAGAGGCUCAACAGAAGGCCCAGGGUCAAGAAAUGUUCCCUGGAGCAACUCUUCCUAAGGCGAGCAUCUCUAGACACCAUGAGAACAAACCUGAAGAGUGAUGAAAGCUCACCGUCGGGUGUUACUAGGACCUGCAGUGGGGACAGCAGCAGUGAGGGGGAUGGAGAGGGUCUCUUGGAUAACACAGAGUUUAUAAGGAACCGUAAAGAGCGUUCCACUGUCCUGGUGAGGCGCUUCUUCAAGAAUAAUCAAAAGAUGACCAAGUCCGUGUGCACUGGCACCAGAGCGAUUGUCAGGACGCUGCCAUCAGGACACAUCUCAGAGGAGGUCUGGGAGGGGGUUGUCAAUCACAGCAUAUGGCAACCCACUAAGAAGGAUAUAUGGCCAAUAGUAAUGAGCGAUAUGAGAGAAGAGUUGAGAAUCUGCAGGGAGAUACUACGUUUAGUUGGAGUUAAGCUACAGCAGGUUAAUAACUAUGUGCAAGACAGAGAGGAAUUCAACCUGAUUCAUCCUGCCAGAAAACUCCUGCUAUCCUGCCCUGGAUGUGUGUGUCUCAGGGAGUGUGGCUGGCCAUCGCACACUGUCAACCAUCCUUAUCACCUGUUAAGGUUUUAUCGUGCUUGUGGCCAGAGGACGUCGGUGUGUUCCCUGCUGACUGGAGCCCUACUGGAGGCCACAGCAGCUCUCGGUGCCCGCUCCGCUCUGCCCUACCCUCUGCCCCAGGGCCCCAGCAGCCACGCCGUGCUGAAAGAGCGUCAGCUGGCCAACAGUAUGACCAGCAGCAGCUCUCUUCCUCCCAGUGUCAGCGGGAUCAGUAAGGAGCUGGCAGAUGUGCGCCACCUUGUUCAGUUCCCCGAAGAGAUCGCCUGCAUCCUCACCGAGCAAGAGCAGCAGCUUUACCAACGGGUCUUCCCCUUGGACUACCUCUGUUUCCUCACUCGAGACCUGGGCAGUCCCGAGUGUCAAACCAAACGCCACCCAAACCUCAAGGCCUCACUGUCAGUGCCCGCCAUGCCUACCCAGAAUGCUCAGCGAAGUAAUGCUGUGGAGGACCUGGUGGCACGGUUCAAUGAGGUGAGUUCGUGGGUGACGUGGCUGAUCCUGACAGCAGGUUCCAUGGAGGAGAAGAGAGAAGUUUUCUCCUACCUGGUCCAUGUCGCUAAAUGCUGUUGGAACAUGGGAAACUACAACGGCGUCAUGGAGUUCCUGGCUGGACUGAGGUCCCGCAAGGUGCUAAAGAUGUGGCAGUUUAUGGACCAAUCGGACAUCGAGACCAUGAGGAGCCUAAAGGACGCCAUGGCUCAGCACGAGUCAUCUUCUGAGUACAAGAAGGUUGUGACCAGAGCUCUCAAUAUCCCUGGAUGCAAGGUGGUGCCAUUCUGUGGGGUUUUUCUGAAGGAGCUGAGUGAUGCGUUGGACGGGACAGCAAGCAUCAUCAGCCUCAAACCACCUCCAGAUAAUGCAGAGGACUCGAUAGAGUUUGUGUCCGACUACAGCGGCCAGCACAACUUCAUGUCGCGGUCAGGUCCAGAUGGACUACACGUCCCAGAGAAAGAAGCUACUGUCAGCAACAUCCUCCAGAUUAUCAGAUCUUGUAAUCGUAGUUUAGAAGCAGAGGAUCCUGAUGAUGCGUCCACCAGUCCCUCAUCUACCGGCCAAUCCCCUGCGUCCAGAAACAACUCUUUCAGGGAUCGCUGCCGCAAUCAUUCCCAUUCAUUUAGGACACCACCAGAGUCAAACCAUGUCUUAUUCAUGGUGGGGGAUUUGUCGGAUUCAGAGAGCGACUUGUCGUCUGAGCCAGUGGUGAAAGAAGUGGAGUUUCAGGGGACGGAGGAGACGCACAGAGCUUACAGCCAUGGCACUGAACUCAUUCCCUGGUACGUGUUGUCGCUACAACCAGACGUUCACCAGUUUCUGCUGCAGGGGGCUACAGUCAUCCACUACGACCAGGACAGCCACCUCACAGCUCGCUGUCUGCUACGACUACAGCCUGACAACACAACACUCACCUGGGGUAAGCCUCAGAGCGGAGGGGCUUCCCCCACAGAGCAACCACUGGGAUUAGGACAGACAGUUGUGGCGGGACUUGCAGAGGGCCUUUUGGACCUGGGAGUUGUGAAGGCAGUGUUCCUGGGUCAUCAGGGAGUGGACGUUCAUGCUGUAUGUUUGCAAAACAAGCUGAGCCAGAUGACGGUGGAGGAAAACGGUCUCAGCCUCCUCUACGGUCUCAGCACCACCGACAACAGACUCCUGCACUUUGUGGCCCCCAACCACACGGCGAAGAUGCUCCAUAAAGGCCUGUCGGAGCUGGUGAAUGCAACCAGAAAACUGAAAAAGUUUCCCGACCAAAGGUUGCAGUGGCUGAGGAAGCAGUAUGUCAGUUUGUUUCAGGAGGAUGGCAGGUACGAAGGCCCUACACUAGCUCAGGCCAUUGAGCUGUUUGGAGGGCGGAGGUGGAAUAUGGGUACAGGUGGAGUGGAGAAACCUGGCACCCAGAAAAACAGCCCUCUGAGCAUCAAUGAUAAGACCAAGAAGAAGAAGAAGGUCCUUGUCAGGGGAGACAGUGGGGAUGCCACAGACGAUGAGAUGGUUUCCAGGAAAACACGGAGCUGUAAGGAGGGACUGUAUCGAAACGGGCCGGAGUCUGACAGCAUCGACCAAGAAGAUCCAGAGGACAGCUUCCCUGGACCAUUCUCCCUCUCGUCCAGUAAAAGCCCUGGAUUGCUAGUCUCUUCUUCCUCCUCCUCGUCUUCCUCCAGCAUGGCAGGGUCCAACCAUUCACGCCCGCAAUCCUCUCCGAUCCUCUCAGGAACUGCCAAGUCACAGCCAGGGGCUUGGAGCAGCAGGUCGUGGCACGGUAGAGGUAAAGGCUGUUUCAAAGGCUUCCAGAAUCUCAUGAUUUCUGACAGCUCGAUGAGCUUCAUUGAGUUUGUUGAGCUCUUCAAGUCUUUCAGUAUCCGCAGCAGGAAGGACCUGAAGGAGCUGUUUGACACCUUUGCUGUCCCCUGCAGUCGUUCAAGUCAAGAGUCUGCUCCUCUCUACACCAACCUCAGCAUAGACGACAGAGACACAGGGCUACAGCCAGACCUUGACUUAUUAACCCGGAACGGUUCUGAUCUUGGCCUGUUCAUCCGGACGAGGCAGCAGAUGUCUGAUAACCAGAGGCAGAUUUCAGAUGCAAUUGCGGCAGCCAGCAUCGUGACCAACGGGACAGGAGUGGAAAACGCAUCAUUAGGCGUCUUGGGAUUGGCUAUCCCUCAGCUCAACGACUUCUUAGUCAACUGUCAGAGAGAGCACCUCAGCUACGAUGAGAUUCUCAGCAUUAUACAGAAAUUUGAGCCCUCAUCAAGCAUGAGACAGAUGGGUUGGAUGUCAUUUGAAGGGUUUGCAAGGUUCCUGAUGGAUAAGGAGAACUUUGCUUCCCGUAAUGAGGAAUCCCAGAUGAACCCAGAAGAGCUGCAGUACCCUCUGUCCUACUACUACAUUGAGUCUUCUCAUAACACAUAUCUGACAGGACACCAGCUGAAAGGAGAGUCCUCUGUAGAGCUCUACAGUCAGGUGCUGCUGCAGGGCUGUCGGAGUGUCGAAUUGGACUGCUGGGAUGGAGACGACGGCAUGCCAGUUAUUUAUCAUGGACACACACUCACCACUAAAAUACCCUUCAAGGAUGUGGUGGAAGCAGUUAACCGGGCUGCAUUUGUCAAUUCGGAUAUGCCCGUCGUCCUGUCCAUAGAGAACCACUGCUCCCUUCCACAGCAACGCAAGAUGGCUGAAAUCUUCAAGACUGUGAUCGGGGAACGCCUCGUGACUCGAUUCCUCUUCGAAAGUGACUUUAGCGAUGACCCUCACCUGCCGUCGCCGAUGCAGCUGCGGGGGAGGAUCCUCCUUAAGAACAAGAAGCUCAAAGCCCACCAGGCACCGGUGGACAUACUCAAACAGAAGGCUCACCAGCUGGCCCACAUGCAGGCCCAGGCUAGCAACGGUUCACCAGGGGGGACUUCACCCAGCAACCACACCAAUGAUGAAGAGGAGGAGGAAGAAGACGAGUACGACUACGACUAUGAGUCUCUAUCAGAUGCUGAUGUCCUCACAGCCUCUACUGCCUCAUAUGGCCUGGAAGAUAACAUCCUGGACGACAAGCCAGAGGGGAAGAGCUCAGCAGACAAAGAAGAGCAACCUGUUGAUGAAAUACCGAAGAGGAUGAAGAAGUCUGACAGCACCACGCCGAGCAAAGGAAAGGUGUUUGACAUGGAGCUGGGCGAAGAGUUUUACCUUCCUCAGAACAAGAAGGAAAGUCGACAGAUUGCCCAGGAGCUUUCUGACCUCAUCAUCUACUGCCAGGCCGUGAAAUUCCCUGGCCUGUCCACGCUGUCUCCAGCCGGCUCUGGCAGAGGGAAGGACCGGGGAAAGAGCAGGAAGUCCAUAUUUGGCACUGCUCCCGCUCGCUGCAGCACAACAGGGGAGGUUGUGACCCAGAGCCGCACCCCUGGGAAAGGUGGCUCUGAGCGGCUGAGCUGGGAGGAACAACAGACGUCUCCCGUCCUCAACCACCCGACAUCUCUCAGCGCCAUCAUCCGCACGCCCAAGUGCUAUCACAUCUCCUCCGUGAACGAGAACGCCGCCAAGCGCCUGUGCCGGCGGUACUCUCAGAAGCUGAUCCAGCACACCGUGUGCCAGCUCCUCAGGACGUACCCAGCAGCCACCAGGAUCGACUCCACAAACCCGAACCCUCUGCUUUUCUGGCUGCACGGCAUUCAGCUGGUGGCACUUAACUAUCAGACAGAUGACUUGCCCAUGCAGUUGAACACAGCUCUAUUUGAGGCCAACGGCGGCUGUGGCUAUGUCCUGAAACCAGCUGUGCUGUGGGACCGUAGCUGUCCACUCUAUCAGCAGUUCUGUCCGAUGGAGAGGGAUGUGGAGAAAAUGAGCCCUGCCGUCUAUUCCCUCACUAUUGUCUCCGGUCAGAAUGUGUGUCCCGGUAACACCGCCGGCAGCCCCUGCAUUGAGGUGGAUGUUCUGGGCAUGCCCAUUGACAGCUGCCACUUCCGGACCAAACCCAUCCACCGCAACACCCUCAACCCCAUGUGGAGCGAGCACUUCCAGUUCACCGUGCACUUUGAGGAGAUGUGCUUCCUGCGCUUCGCCGUAGUGGAAAACAACAGUUCCCAGACUACUGCUCAGAGGACUCUGCCUCUCAAAGCUCUGAAGCCAGGUUACCGACAUGUCCAGUUGAGGACACAACAUAACGAAGCCCUCGAAGUGUCAAGCCUGUUUAUCUACAGCCGCAGAGUGGAGGAAGGUCCCACAGGGGGCGCCACUCCCUCAUCACUGCUGUUCAGCUCAGAGGAGAAUCGUGUGUCGCAGCAGCACAGGGUGACGGUGUACGGAGCACCUGGUCCGGAGCUCUUCACCGUGUUCUGUGUUACAGAACAGACGACUGCCAAACAGCUGCUGGACACGGUUGUAGCAUCUACAGGAAACCCGUCAGAGUACUUCCUGUGUGAGGAGAAGGUUCCUCUGUUGAAGGAGCGCAGCGAGGUGAAGCGAUGUGCACAGCAUCGUCCUCUAGCACCCGAGGAGGAGGUGGUCAGACUGGUCUCCAGCUGGAACUCUGAGGAGGGAUACGUGGGAAGGAUCUGCCUCAAGACGAAAGAAGAGAACUUAAAUGAGAAGAACUCGAUGCUGGAGGGAGAGGAGGAGUUGACUGUGGGAGGUCGAGAAGGAGCAGGAGGAGGAGGGGGAGGAGGAGCAGCAGAGGAUGAUAUGUUCUUUGUCCAGGUCCAUGAAGUUUCACCAGAACAGCCUCACACUGUGAUCAAGGCCCCGCGCUACAGCACUGCUCAGGACAUCAUUCAGCAGACUCUGACAAAGGCCAAGUAUUCCUACAGUAUCCUGUCCAAUCCUAAUCCAUGUGACUACGUCCUGAUGGAAGAAGUGAUCAAGGACGGCGGCUCUAAGAAGUCCUCCACUGCCAAGCCUCUGCAGCGAGUGCUGCUGGAUCACGAGUGUGUCUACCAAGCACAGAGCCGCUGGCGUGGCGCGGGAAAGUUCAUACUUAAAUUCAAAGAGCAGGUGGUGCGGGAAGACAAAAAGAAAGUAAUUUCCUUCGCCAGUGAGCUCAAGAAGCUGACCAGCCGCAGCCGCAGCAUGACGACUGGCAGUGGGGUGGACGGAGCUGCCCAGAGUAAGGAUGAUAGAGCUGCAUGCUGUGUGGCUCUGACAGAGCUCCAGGAGUGAGGCUCACACUCUGCCUGCUGUCUGUGCAUGGGAAGGCAACAGAGGGUAUCUGUCUGCAGCUGCAGGUCUGAAGGCGUGGGUGGCAGAGGGCAGGGUGGAGGCAGGAAAGUUCCUACAGGCCUCCUCCUCCUCCUUUAGGGAGCAACUCCAUCCCGUUCACCUGCCCACCUCCUCUCUGACCCCCGCAGCCUGGAAGCUUCACCUCCUCAGGAACUGGAAGAUCCACAAAUGAAGUCCAGAGAGAGAGACUUGGGUUGACCACUUCUAAACUUAGAGGAUUCUAAUUUCCAAGACGGGUGAAAAGUUUCAGCGAGGGUUCGGUACGCUCCUCUCUACGUCCUGAAGGAGUCUGGUCCUGCCUUGUGCUAGCUGAGCAAGCGGAGGACAGGAUCCAGUUGUUUGGUGACAGAUGUUCGCCCCCUUUUCUUGGUUGAAUGAUGGACAGGAGUUUCAUCCAGUCAGAAACCCCAUCCAGCGUCACUUUAGAGCAGUGAUGGUGAUGUGGGGGCAGGUAGCGCUUGCUCUUAUUGGUUUAUUGGUUGCGGCUCCACAGAGAGUCUGGAGUACCAGAGGCAGCUGUGUUAUUGAAGUCAUCAGGUAUGAGAUCAGACAACGUACUCCUCUCUUACCAAUAAAAAGGGACCCUUUCCUGAGUUACUUUCAAAGGAUGAAGAGGUUAGGGUGCCAGUUUUAUAUCUCCCAAAAAAUCCAGGAGGGCUGAAAAAAAAAGCCACUACAAUUCUUCUAAGAGUUAAUUAAAUGUGCUACUAUAGCACUACAAUUUGUUAUAGGGUGACUGUACCAUGUAUUUGGUACUUAAUAACUUUAUAAACUACUCCCCCUUCCUGGUAUCACACAGAGAAAGCACAGAGCAGACAAAGGGAGAUCUGCUUGUAAAAAUGGGAGGAGAGAUGUAGGAGAGUACGAGGGCUGAUGAGGUGAAAAAGUAUUCUUCUCUUUCUCAGGUAUGGGCUCCUUUUUUUCUGAGGGCAUUGUGAAGGAGGCUGACAAGCUGGCUUGUUUGGUUCUUUUCUUACUGUUCCAGUUUCACAGUACUGUAAGGGCACAUUUUGAGUCAUUCACAAAAGAGGCAACAAAUUGUUAGACGAAUAUCCUGUAAUGGACGCAGCAAUGCUCUAAGCGUUUUCUUGGACACUACUGUCGCUGCCCUAUAGGUGACGAUAAAUGGACAGCAUUAUUAGGCAGUAUAGCUGUGCAAUGUUAAAGGGAUAGUUGGGAUUUUCUGAAGUGAGUUACUUAUCCAUAGUCAGUGUAUUACCUACAGUAGAUGGUGGUCGGCACGCCCCCAGUUUGGGGAAGCAGGCAGGAGUAUUUUCCAUGGAAGUUAAGCAAUGUACUGCUGUUAACAGGGCCAGCAGCAAAAUGUAUUUUAGCCACCUAAAAAAAGAAAAAAAUCAGUUAGUGUAUGCUAAAUUUUUAAUAUUUUCAAUGCAUUACCUUACAGAUGGGGAACUAAAGCCAUUAUCUCUGCUCACAUCAAAGCCACCAGAAUCCUUUGACAACAAUAGUAAUUUUACCUUUCAAAACACAAGAGUUGUUGGCAGCAGUAGAUCAGAGGUAAAAUGACUGUUUUUGUCAGUUGAGUCUGGUGGCUUUGAAGGAAGCAUUGAUGAAAACUUAAGUUUCUCCCACGCAAAUGUAAAUAUAUUUUAACUCCACUCUGGAUAUCCACUCUCUAUAGUGGACAAGUUGAUGUUGCCCCCAUCCAAAGCAGUACAUUCCUUAGCCUCCAUGCGUGUCGACCCCCAUCUACAGUAGAUAAUACUCUGACUAUGUAUCAGUACCCCAAGCAACCACACUGCAAACAAAUCUAAAAUAUCCCUUUUACUUGUGCAGGGGCAAAUGUUAAACAAUUUCUCAUCACUGUGUUGAUAAAGUUGUCUUUCUGUGCUGCAACACGGCCUUUAAUGUUUGGUAUUUUUGUAGCUGAAUCUCUGAGGAUCUGUGUCUCGUUUCACAAAGUAUUUCAGUUCUGUCAUCAUUGUCCACUAAUAAUUAAGCCAACGAUCAUCUAAUCCAGCCAACCAAAUACAUUAUUUAAUACAUUUUUGAUGAGAAAUGCUACUUGUUACUGGUGUAGGGUUUGAAAAUUUACCGAAACCUUUUCAAAUGUUAAACAGCCAAACCCAGGUGGCCAUACUAGGUCUUUUCCCAAUUUAAAAUUCCGAAUAAAAUUGGUAAAAUUAGGAUUUGAAUCCAAAAUGAUCUGAAAGAAUAAACUAGUUAACUUAAAAAAUCUGACCUGUUAUUUUACCUCUUUCAAUGUUGCAAGAACCCCUUUAUUUAAAUGGAACAAAGAUGAUUUUAGCACUGAGAUUCUUUGGAGAAAUGCAGCCAAGUCUUCAAACAGCAUUUUGCACAUUUUGUUUUUCCUUUAAAGUCUGGUAAAUGAUUGUUACGAGAUGGCCGCAAACUAUUAUCCUUUUUUAAAUUUCUUUAUUAUGAUGAUCUUAUUUAUUACUUUCACUUUCGGCCCAGGUGCCAAUUUAUUUUUUAAGGAAAGCACAAGACAGAUGUUUGGAUUGUUUUUAUAACUCUUCAAUGGGUAUGUAGUCCGAGCUCAAAUGUCAAAAUUCCCCACACAAAAAUAUAAUUAGCAACAUAAUGAAUUGCAUUUCACUCCAGCCCAGAUUUACGGCUCUUAAUUUUGAAUGCAGUAUAUUUAUAGAUGACUUUUGAUGAUUGAUAUUGAUUGAUUUGAAAUAGUAACUAAGAUUUCUUUAUUUGUACUUACUGCUCAUUUCAAUAUUUCAAUACUCUUUAAGAAUUUCAUAAAACUUGAUUUAUUUGGGGCCACUCUACCCCUUUUUCUGUAUUGAUGUGUAACAUUUCCAUAUUUUUGAAAUUUUGAUUAAGUUUAGAUACAUUUUUUUCUCUUUACAACAUGGCUUUCUUUUCUUGGACAUUAUUAAUAAUACCUAGAUCCUCUCUCUAGUGUAGUCAUGCAGAUCAUCAAGGAGCCCACUAAGAUUUUUAAAUCUACACUAAAGUGUUUUAUGUUGGUCGGUCAUGAUUAAUGAAGCAAAGCUCGGACUUAAAAGACAAAACAGCUUAAUUUCCUUUAUGACACCUAAAAAAAAAAAAUCAUUUUUGUGAGUUUGUUUAACUGUAAACAAUUUUGGGUUAAUAAUAAAUUAUACUGUUGUAAAUGUGCCUAUUUUAACUCACAUUCCAACAUGAAACUUGUAAUUUGAAGGAAGCUUUCUGAAACCUGUAUUGUUGAACAAUUCUUGUUAAAAUGAUAGUUCAGAUUUUUUAAAAUGGGGCUGUAUGAGGUACAUGUUCGUAGUCACCUACAGUAGAUGGCUGUCGAAGCAGGCGUAUUGCUCGAAGUUGCCAUCAGACACUUUCUGACAGCGAACUGAAGUCCUUCUCUAUGUUCUCUUACCUCACAGAAAAUGGGAGUUGCUGUUUUUUCAACGCUUUGAUCGCUAACUUUAUUUGUGUCUUUGUUGAAUCUGAAUAACCCUUUAAAACACCAAAAUUACACAAUAACACAAACUAAACGAUCAAGCCAGCAACUCCCGUAUCCUGCAAGGUUAAAUUACCUGUUUUGUCAAUGGAGUCUGGUGGCUUAGAGAGAGCAUACAUGAACUUUAACAGGGCUGUCUGACAACAAGGAAAAGCUGUGAAAAUAUUAUAAAUAUAGCACAUACUUAAACUGAUAUGGAUUUUGCUGCUGCCCCUGUCUACAACAGUAGAUUGCUUAGUGUCCAUGCCCGUUCUCCAGCCCAGUCUUUAAGUACCUAAUAUAAGCCCACUCAAAAUCUGAACUGUUCCUUUAACACCUAACUACGUAUACGUACAAGUGUCAUGUAUAAAAUGUUUGAUUUUCUUUUUUUAGGCCACGCUCCACAAAAAUAAUGAGUGUGUCCUUUUACUUUCAUUUGUCUUCAAGUAAAAACUUUGCUCAGUGCCAAGUAUGGUUAAAUAUUAGUGCAAUAGGGAAGUUCUGUCACUUCAAACCUUUAGGUUUUUGUUCUACUCAACUCUAAUUUUUAACUUUUGACCUGCCAUGUUUAAAUUUUAUUCACAAAAAGCUUAUCUGUCAAGGCGACGUUUAAGGCUUAUUCUUAUUAAGGUAGAUUAGAUUGUGAUGAAGAAGCCACAACUCUGAACUGGGUAUUAAUUCCAGCUACCAAAUGAUAUCAGCUGAUAGAAAUAUUGGAAAUCCACACUUACUUUACACAGAAAGGGACAUUUUCUGUUCAAUUGUAAAUCUGUAAUCAGUGAGGCAGAGCUGUGUUCCUUGUUUUCCUCCUUUCUAACCUGUAGACCUCAUUUCUGAAUGUAACAUUUCUUAACGUGUUGAACCUGAGACAAAUGUGUGUUUGGAUGUUAUUUAUUUUAAUGUGAAGCCCUGGUUGGCAAUUAUCUGUUGCUCAUGUAUAGUUUCCUGUAAGUAGUUUUAAGUGUUUUUCUUAUUUAUUUCAAUGUGUGAGAGGAUACAUUCUCCACUGCCCUAACUUUACUCAAACUUAUUUAGAGACGUAAAGAAAUAUUUUACUUUAUGUGUAAAGUAUUCAGUAUACUAUUCAUAUGUCUGGCAUGUUAUUCUGCAGUACACAGCAGUAUCUUUUAAUGCCUUUUAUUUUGUGUUUUCAGAAAUGUGGGAAGAGCUGACAAUUUGAAACUUUGUCCAAUCAUUUAUUUUUAAAAGAUUUUGGUGUAUUCGUUAUAUCCGCUGAAUAUGACAUAUGUGUUUGCUGACUGUGGACAAUCUGUUGUUUCCAUAAGAUGUGCAGUAUACCCUUUAACAUCCACUGUGUUACGACGUGGCUGUCAAGUGAACAUACAUUUGUCUAUUUACUUGAAUUUUUAAAUGGAUGAGAAUUGGUGGAUUUGUCAUAUACCAGAAUCACAAUAAAAAAUAAAAAUACUUAGUUCUGUCUGAACUCAA